UCCCACUAAUCUCUCGCCAUUGUUGAUCGGAACUCUAAAAUGGGCAGCCUUGAAACCGAGAGAAACACUACAGGGUGGGCAGCUAGAGACCCUUCAGGCUUCUUGUCUCCUUACACUUACUCCCUUAGAAACACCGGACCGGAAGAUGUUUUCGUCAAGGUUAUCUGCUGUGGGAUCUGUCACACUGAUAUCCAUCAAGCCAGAAACGAUCUCGGCAUGUCGAAUUACCCGAUGGUUCCUGGACAUGAAGUGGUUGGUGAGGUGGUGGAAGUAGGAUCAGAUGUGACCAAGUUCGCCGCAGGCGAAAUCGUCGGCGUCGGUUGUCUUGUCGGGUGUUGCAGGAACUGCAGGCCAUGCAACACGGACCGUGAACAAUACUGUUCCAAGAAGAUCUGGUCAUACAACGAUGUGUACACUGAUGGGAAUCCGACUCAAGGUGGCUUUGCCGGUUCCAUGGUGGUUGAUCAAAAGUUUGUGGUUAAAAUCCCGGAUGGAAUGUCGCCGGAGCAGGUAGCGCCGCUCUUAUGUGCUGGGAUCACGGUUUACAGCCCGCUGAACCACUUCGGUUUAACCACGAUUGGGUUAAGAGGGGGAGUAUUAGGACUCGGAGGAGUUGGCCACAUGGGGGUGAAGAUAGCAAAAGCAAUGGGACACCAUGUGACCGUCAUAAGCUCAUCCGAUAAGAAAAAACUCGAGGCACUCCAGCAUCUCGGCGCCGACGAAUACUUGGUCAGCUCUGACGCCGAAAGUAUGCGAAAGGCAACGGAAUCACUCGACUACAUCAUCGACACCGUGCCGGUUUUUCACCCACUCGAGCCUUAUCUUUCGUUGCUGAGACUCGAUGGGAAAUUGAUCUUGACCGGUGUCAUCAACACCCCUCUCCAGUUCCUCACCCCUGUGCUCAUGCUCGGCAGGAAAGAAAUCACAGGGAGCUUCAUCGGAAGCAUGAAGGAAACAGAGGAGAUGCUGGGAUUCUGUAAAGAGAAAGAUUUGAGAUCGAUGAUCGAAGUGGUGAAGAUGGAUUACAUAAACACGGCUAUCGAGAGGCUCGAGAAGAACGAUGUUCGAUAUCGGUUCGUCGUCGAUGUUGCAGGAAGCAAGAUUGAUCAAUAAAAAAAUUAACUAAAUCACCUACUCUGAACG